AUGAAUGCUCCCAUGCUCGAAACAGUCAAGAUCAGGGGUUGCUGGAGCCUCAAGCGCUUGCCGUCUCUUGGUGACAACACCAAGCCCCCGAAGGUGGACUGCGAGAAGGAUUGGUGGGACGGCCUAGAGUGGGAUGGGUUGGAGGCCAAGCACCACCCUUCCCUGUACGAGCCGAUCCACUCGGCCUACUACAAGAAGAAGCUGCCCAGAGUCUCUCUGCUGAGGUGA